AGUAAAUCUUAUCUUUUACCUUCUUAGCUUUAUUGGAAGAAAUGAUUUCUACCAUAAAAGGAUAUUGUAUUCCAUGGAAAGGGUAAAACACAACUUGUAAAGCUUUGCAUUUUUUAUGCAUGCUCUGAGGCCAAACAUGAUUUCAAAAAUAACCACUUUGUUGGUCCUUUUGUGCAUGAAUUCAAGAAUGUUUAGCUAUGGCGAAUCCCUAACGAGGAGUCUUUCAAAGGAAGAUGAUAUUGAAUUAGAAAGGAAAGUCCAAAGAUUGAACAAGACACCAAUGAAAAGCUUUCAGCUGGAGAAUGGGCGAACAAUUGACUGCAUAGAUAUCAAUAAGCAACCUACACUCGAUCACCCUUCACUCAAGAAUCACAUUGUUCAGAGAAAACCAACAUCAUAUGGUGGGGAGAUUAACAAAUCAUCUGUAAAGGCAAGCCCUUCGCCACUAGCGUCAACAAGGAAAUCAUGCCCUCAUGGAACAGUUCCUAUACAAAGAACUACAAAGGAUGAUUUACUAAAGGACAGAAAAAUUACAAAUGCAUUCAUCAAAGCCCACCGCAACAUUGAUAGUACGGAUCCACUCAAGCACGUCAACGCUGGAACGCCGAACUUAAACCGACAUGUCAUUGUUCGCGCAGUACAAGGUGAAUAUCAUGGUAUUUCGGGCAUCAAUUCCAUUUACAACAUAAAUGUGACAGGAGACAAAUAUAGCUUUAACGCCAUGUAUGUCAGCAAUGUUUAUAAUAGUGAACUUAAUCUGGCGGUUACUGGGACAAUGGUCUCCACAGAGUUCAAUCAUGAUUCCAACCAUCAUCUAUUUGUGUUUUGGGGUUCUGAGAAGCAUGGUAAAUCGAGAGGAUGCUACAACACUUUAUGCGAAGGGUUUGUACAAGUGGACCCACGCAUUUCUCCAGGAUACGCUAUUACACCGGCGUCUGUCUAUAACGGAGACCCACUUGUAGAAGUAAAACUCAAGCUCUACGAAGAUCCAGCGUCUGGGAAUUGGUGGAUUGUGUUUGGCGAAGAUAAUAUUGCUGUGGGGUAUUAUCCAAAAGAUUUUGUCGAUGUGUAUGGAGCUGCAACAAUGGCAUGGGAAGGAUAUACCCAUUCUGGAUCAGAUGGAGUUACCCCCCCGUUGGGUAGUGGUCAUAGGCCAGAUCAUAUCCACAAUCAUGCGGCCUACUACAGAGACAUGCGUUUCAUAAAAGACAAUUUAGCAGAAGAAAUUCCCAGAGAUAAUGAAUUGACAACAUAUGUCGGUCCUAAUUGUCAUUCCAUUGAUGAUCUUCACUAUUCUGGGAGUCCAAAAUGGGGUUAUAUUUUCUUUUACGGUGGGCCAGGUGGUGAUUGUACUUAGAAACCUACUUUUACUCAUCUAAGAAAAGUAAGUGACGUGGGUCUUAAUCAAGGAUUAAUUCACAAUGAAAGAUAAAUAAGUGAUGUGGUCUUAAUAGACUAUAUUGUAA